AUGAGGCUGGAACCGAGCCGGGCAGGGCCUGGGAGAAGGAACGUGGGGCUGUUGCCUGGGGUCCAGGCGCUGCCCACCCUUAUCCCUGCUGCCUGGGAGGCCAGUCCUUCCCCCUCCCGCAGUAAGUGCUCUCUCCCGUCCCCUGCGAGGCCCUUCCUUGCUCUGCUGCUUCUGGUUUCCAUCAAGCAAGUUACAGGAUCUCUCCUUGAGGAGACAACUCGGAAGUGGGCUCAGUACAAAGAGAAAUGCCUAAGAGAUUUACUCAAGGAACCUUCUGGCAUAUUUUGUAAUGGGACCUUUGAUCAGUAUGUGUGCUGGCCUCAUUCCUCUCCAGGAAAUAUCUCCGUUCCCUGCCCUUCGUACUUACCUUGGUGGCGUGAAGAGAACUCAGGAAGGGCCUACAGACACUGCUUGGCUCAGGGUACUUGGCAGACGCUGAAGAACUCCACAGAUAUUUGGCAGGAUGAUUCUGAAUGCUCUGAGAACCACAGCUUCAAAGAAAACGUGGAAAGCCAUGCCUUACUGUCGACCUUGCAGCUAUUGUACACCGUGGGGUACUCCCUCUCCAUUGUCUCCCUCCUCCUGGCUCUCACCCUCCUCCUGUGUCUUCGAAAACUCCACUGCACACGCAACUACAUCCACAUGAACUUGUUUGCUUCUUUCAUCCUGAGAGCCCUGGUUGUGCUGGUGAAGGACGUCAUCCUCCAUAACUCUUACUCCAAGAGGCCCAACAAUGAGAAAGAGUGGAUGUCCUAUGUGUCAGAGAUAUCCGCCUCCUGCCGCUCCGCCCAGGUUCUUCUGCACUACUUCGUGGGUGCCAACUACUCAUGGCUUCUGGUGGAAGGCCUUUACCUUUACACGUUGCUGGAGCCCACAGUGAUUUCUGAAAGGUGGCUGUGGCCCAGAUACCUGCUGGUGGGUUGGGCCUUCCCACUGCUGUUUGUUGUGCCCUGGAGUAUUGCCCGUGCACAGCUGGAGAACACAGGGUGCUGGGGAAUCAAUGGGAAUAUGAAAAUCUGGUGGAUCAUCCGAGGACCCAUGCUGCUUUGUGUGGCAGUCAAUUUCUUCAUCUUCCUGAAAAUUCUCAAACUUCUCAUUUCUAAGCUCAAAGCCCAUCAAAUGUGCUUCAGAGAUUACAAAUACAGAUUGGCAAAAUCGACACUGGUUCUCAUUCCUUUAUUGGGUGUUCACGAGAUUCUCUUCUCUUUCAUCACUGAUGAUCAAGUUCAAGGAUUUUCAAAACUUAUACGACUCUUCAUUCAGUUGACUCUGAGCUCCUUCCAUGGACUACUUGUGGCCUUGCAGUAUUGUUUUGCCAAUGGAGAGGUGAAGGCUGAGCUGCGGAAACACUGGGUCCGCUUCCUGCUAGCCCGCCACUCAGGCUGCAGAGCCUGGGUCCUGGAGAAGAACUUCCGAUUCCUGGGGAAAUGUCCCAAGAGGCUCUCCAAGAGAGACAACGCCAGGAUGCUACAGAAGCCGCAGCCCUCACCUGGCAGUGGGCAGCUCCUACAGCUGACCGUUCAGGGCCCGGGGCAGCCGGGCGCCCGGCCCCACCAGGGCCACACAGCCUGGCCCUGGGUCAGCAGCUUGUCUGAGAGCAGCGAGGGAGACUUCACCCUGGCCCACACCAUGGAGGAGAGUCUUGAGGAGAGUGAGAUCUAG